AUAUCUUCCUUCAAAUGUCUUUGUUUUCAUUAUAGGUUAAUGGAGAAUAACAAGACUACAGUGACAGAUUUCAUUCUCCUGGGAUUUCUUGUUAGCCCUCAAAUGCACCUGGUUCUCUUUGGGCUUUUCUUCCUACUCUACACCUUCACUCUGCUGGGAAAUGGAGUCAUCUUGGGGCUGAUUCAUCUUGAUUCCAGACUCCACACUCCCAUGUACUUCUUCCUCUCACAACUAGCUAUUGUUGACAUCUCUUAUGCUUCCAACACAGUCCCUGAACUUCUGGCAAAUCUUCUGGAUUCAACUAAGCCUAUCUCCUUUGCAGGUUGCAUAAUGCAGACCUAUCUCUUUUUGAUGUUUGCCCACAUUGAAUGUCUUCUAUUGGUAAUGAUGAGCUAUGAUCGGUAUGUGGCAAUCUGCCAUCCACUCAGAUACACACUCAUUAUGAGCUGGAGAAUGUGUGUUGCACUGGCUCUUACAUCCUGGGCAUUUGGAUCCCUCCUGGCAUUGGUCCAUGUGCUUCUCCUCCUUAGGCUGCCCUUUUGUGGACCUCGAGAAAUCAACCACUUCUUCUGUGAAAUCCUAUCUGUACUGAAACUUGCUUGCGCAGACAUAUGGCUCAACAAAUUGGUUAUCUUUGUUGCUUCUGUGUUUAUCUUAGUUGGACCCCUGAGCUUAGUCCUAAUCUCCUACACACAUAUUCUUGGUGCUAUUUUGAGAAUCCAGUCUGGGCAAGGAAGAAAGAAAGCCUUCUCCACCUGCUCCUCCCACCUCUGUGUAGUUGGGCUUUUCUUUGGUAGUGCCAUAAUCACUUACAUGACCCCUAACACCAAGAACUCUGAGGAGCAACAGAAAAUACUUUUCUUAUUUUACAGCUUCUUUAAUCCUACCCUAAAUCCUUUCAUCUAUAGUCUGAGAAAUACAGAGGUAAAGGGUGCCCUGAGCAGAUUGCUUAAAAAGGAAAGGUAA